UUUAAUUUUAUAAAGUAAAAGUAGAUCACUGCAUAAUCAAAACAGAACGAUCACUUGAUUAGGUAACAGGUCCCCGUGGAUGUUAUUAAUGGCUUCCUCGACAAUUAAUACGAAUAUUGAAGAGGAAUAUGAAGACUUAGCUUAUAAACAGAGAAUGAAGGCAUCUGUCUAUUAUACUGUUUUACAGUUGUGUAAAGAAGCUGAGGUCAAUAUGGAAAUCAAAAUAAAUAAACAAGUAGCAGCAGCCAUUGCAGAGACAACAUGUAAACAGUUUGAACAUUUUGCUGCAGAUCUCGAACUGUUUGCUAAACAUGGAAAGAGAACAACUAUAAAUACUGAUGAUGUCAAAUUACUUGUCAGAAAAACUCCUAAACUGCUGGAACAUCUAAAUUCAAUUCAGGAAGAGAAUCCAUCAAAAACAGUAAAUAAAGGAAAAAAGAAAACUGCUUCAGAUAAAUCUAAGAAGAAAUCAACAACGGUAGACGAGGUGAUGACAGUAGAGGAGGUAGAUCUUGACCCUGAGAUGGACAACACCUGAUUACCAUAGAAUAUAAAAACACUGAUAUAAGUUUAAAUUUUGAAAUAAUGUUGUGUGUAUAAACUGUAGGAUAUCUGGAACAUAUACAACCUGUUGCAUACAUUAAUGGGACAUGCUCUAGUGUAGUGGCUCUUGAACUUCCUGGGACAUUUUAUAAAUCUCUAAAGACGAACCCCAAAAUGUGAGAACUUCACAACUUAAUGUCGUGUACAAAUUGUAGGAUAUGCUUAUCUGGAACACUUCAUACAACCUGUCACAUGCAUUAAUGGGACAUGCUCUAGUACAGUGGAUCUCAACAUUUUUUCCACUCUCGAACACCUUGCGACGAAGGAGUGUAGUGUAUAUCUGAAACACUUCUUGCAAACUGUCACACGCCUUAAUGGGACAUGCUCUAGUGGCAGUGGCUAUCAAAGUUUUUUCACUCGUGAACCCCUUGGACAAAAUUUUCAAAUCACUAAAAACAAGACCCCCCUCUCCCCUUAUGUGAGAACUUUAAAUUAGUGUUGUGUAUACAUAGAAUAUGCUUAUCUGGAACACUUCAUACAACCUGUCACAUGUGUUAAAAGGACAUGUUCUAGUGUGGUUAUCUCAACAUUUUUCCACUCAUGAAUCCCCUGGGACAUUUUACAAAUCUCUGAAGAUUAGUGUUGUGUUUGAAUCAUAGGAUAUGCUUAUCUAAAACACCUAAUACAACUUGUCACAUGCAUUAAUGGGACAUGCUGUGGCUUCCAACAAUUUUCCACUCACAAAGCUCCGCCCUUGUGUGAGAUUUUCAUGCAACCUGUCACAUGUCUUAAUGGGACAUGCUCUGUGGCUCUCACCCUUUUUUUCCUUAUACAAACUAAGUUCAUCAGAUAUAAAUAAACCUCACACUGUGUUGACUUUUAUAUGGUCUAAUCAUUUGCUGUAGAAGCAGUCUGAUCAAGAGUAGAACACCCAAUACCAGUUAAUUCACAUGGGGAGUUCACACAACCAUCAAUUGUUGUUAUAUUUAUUUAAUAUCUGUACAAAUAAACAAUGGUAUAAUGUUAUAUAAAUGAUUAAGAAUGCUGUUUGGCUUGAAUAAAG